AUGACUGGUGUUUCCGUUCGCGAUGUCCCCGCCGACAAGUUCAUCGAGGCCUACGCCGCCUUCUUGAAGCGACAGGGAAAGCUUCCGAUUCCAGGUUGGUCCGACACUGUCAAGACCUCGCAAGCCAACGAGCUUCCUCCGCAAUCACAGGACUGGUUCUACAUCCGCGCCGCUGCUGUCGCCCGUCACAUCUACGUCCGCAAGACUGUCGGUGUCGGCCGUCUGCGCAAGGUCCACGGUGGUGUCAAGAACCGUGGCUCCCGUCCCUCCCACCACGUCGAUGCUUCCGGAUCUGUCGACCGAAAGAUCGUUCAGGCCCUGGAGAAGAUCGGUGUUCUCGAGCACGACGAGGAGAAGGGUGGCCGUCGUAUCACCCAGUCCGGCCAGCGUGAUUUGGACCGUAUCGCCCAGACUACUAUCGAGGCCGAGGACGACGACGACGAGGAUGACGAGUAGACGAUCUAUCUGCAUUCUUUCUACAGUACAAUUUUGCAUGGGCUUGGCGUGGCGUUAGGUCUGACUACAGGGCCGUCUGGUCGGUUGAAAAUGAUCGAUAUGAACCAUGACUUGCAUGUCGGUCGUCGACGAAGUACUGCUCGGAAGGUGGAAGUUCCCGUAUACCCAGGUCACACCAUCAAGUAGGAAAUUCGCGGCGACGCAGGCGCAUUCCACUCCACAUGCCGUCAUAGAUCUAUGUAUGUACGAAAUGAGCGGUUUGCGCUUUACGAAAGUGCUCCAUGCAAU